AUGGGAGGAGAUUAUGGGCGGACACGAGACCCUUCCUUGGCAGGAGUCGCAAAGGAGUAUAGGGAAACAGCGACGACGCCGGGAUCCRCGGCCACAGAAACCUCAAGAUUUUGGGGGGGAGGGGGGCACAAGGGGCAGUCGGCUGAGCUGAGGUGUGAGCCAGAGACCGUCUGGCAGACGAUGGAGGUGUUUAAUGAGGAAUACCAGAGAGAGGUGUUGGUGAGGAAAAUGUUGCAGCGUAGGUGUGCUGAAGAGCGUGUCUUCAGUCCGUUGGGGGGGGGGCACAAGGAGCUGUCUGUCGAGCCGUGGAGAGAGCCAGAGACCGUCGGGGAGGUGAUGGAGCUGUUGGAGGAGAGUGAACAGAGAGAGAUGUUAGUUAGGUGUAUUCUGAACGGCACUCGCCCUGAAGAGCGUGUCACCAGUCGGGUGCAACCGGGGACGGCUCCACUCACGAGGCCUCCAGUGCGCCUCUCCAGCCCGAGGGAGUUGCUUGCUUUAGCAGAACCAACAGUGGAGUCGACCAUGGGGAUGCAAGAGGACUUAGCAGUGACUAGGACAGUGAACCUAUCGUCAGUCGUCAACAGAACCUUCCUGGACUCGGACUUCCGUUACACCCUCUUCCCAGUGUUUUACGGUGUUGUGGUCGUCCUUGGUCUGAUAGCCAACAGUUACGUGCUGUUCGUGCUGCAGCACAUGCACGACACCAAGGCCAUGAAUGAGAUCCGCAUCUACAUSGCCAACCUGACUUGUGCCGACCUCCUCUUCGUGUGCGCCCUCCCCUUCUGGAUUGGCUACUACCACCACCGCGGUGACUGGCGCUACGGCGACUUCCUGUGCCGCGUCACCGGUGUGUUCUUCUUCUUCAUCAACACUUACUGCUCCAUCCUCUUCCUCGCCGCCAUCAGCGUCAACCGUUACUGGGCCAUCACGCGCCCGUUGUAUGCCGCCUCGUCCGACUGUUGGCGCCGCGGGGUGGCCAUCACGGCGGUCAUCUGGGCGCUCACUCUGUCCAUGUCCGUGCCGUACCUCUUGGAGACGGGCAUCCAGGUGGACGACGGAAACGUGUCGCGCUGCUUUGAGGGCUACCACAACAAGACUGACGACGAGAAGCGGACUGUGGCCACCACCCACCUCAUGUGGUGCUUCGUCUUGGUCUUCUUCCUCCAGGGCCCCUGGACUCUGGCUGUACUGGAGAUCAAGGAGGGCUGGGGCAGAAUGGACUGGGGCCAGCGGACCAGGCAGUGGCUUAACGAUGCCCACCAGGUCACCUUGAUGCUGAUGGGGCUCAACUGCCUCCUGGACCCUGUAGUGUACUGCUUCGCCACCAGGAAGUUCCGCCUCUACAUCAAGGACCAUCUGAAAAAGGUGGGGAGGGGGAAAGGAUGCUCGGAAACAGCCAUCACACACAUUUCUAUGGUGGAGUGCAAGAAUGUGAGYCAGCGGCUCCAUAGCGAACAGAAGCAGCUCAAGGUUUAAAUCUCUAGAUGACAUUGUAUUGUAGAUAUUGUGUCUAAUGCUAAUGCUGACUGUUGUUAGUGACCACAUCCUCAGGAUGCUUCAUUCCAUCACACCCACACCUAACAAGGCACACACAGUGCAGAACAUGCACUCUGCUAUGUAGCCUCAUGUUCAUUCAGACACAUUCACAUGAACAGAUGCACCACCACACAGCCCCACCCAGAGUAUGGUUCCCCUCUAGAUGUCUUCCCUGUAGGGAUUUGUCUUGGCCACUGUGCCAGCUAUAAUCAGUGCUUUAAAAUCUUUGGACCAUUGAUUCUUUGUUUUCACAUUUCAGUUGUACUGUAC